AUGGCGUUGCUUGGGGCCUGGGGCUCAAGUCGUCCGGACAAAACUCCGGAGAAAAGGCCUGCGCCAGCACAAUUAACCAUCGACGAAUUCCGCCGCGGGUUCCUCCGCGGCUCAAUUUCCCCAUGGAACCACAAUGAGUACCUCCGUGCUGCAUACAUUACGCUUUUGGAGCCCGAAAACAUGGACCUUGGCCUGCUUGAGGUGGCGAGCAAGUUUGCCGCUGAUGUGGACCGAUUCAAACAGCGGAACUCUCAGCUUCAAGAUCAGCCGGAGUCGAGACUAGCCAUGAGCCUUACGCGGGUCUACCAGAGGGACUCUCAGUAUUACAACUUCAAACGGCUCCUGCAUUACAUCCCGGAGAUGGUCAAUGAAAACUUGCCCACCACCUACUACAGUCCAGAUAUCUUGAAGUCAGAGUACAGCCAGAACUUCUGGAUGCUGCCAAAUCUGCGCGAGCUCCCGGAGCCCGUCCAGCACCCGGACCUCACGUUCCGGGAGCGUUUCACAAAGACGCAGUUCGAGGACCCCGAGCGUCGCCUCCGAUUUGCGUUUGCGGUGGUGCAGCGGUAUCUCCGGCCAGGUGAGACCCGUCGGCGCAGUUGGUUCAUCAGCCUGGCGUUUGCCUCGCUACAGCAACAGACAAUGCAGCUGCGGUCGACGCAGCCGCAGGUCGCGGCGUACUCGGAGACACAGUCAUACUUUUACAUCCAACUCGUGCACGCUGCCUUGUCAGGGCUCAUCUUCAUCGGGGGGCCCAAGCUCGUCCAGGAGGUCAGCUACCCCCAGUUCAAAGCCACCUUCAACCUCUCCCCAUCCGCAUGGACCGACCACUACAGCCCCGCCCUCUGGGACAGCGUCCAAGCCCGCGCGGCCUUCGUCCCCCCCGACCGCAAACCGCUCCCCGACACCAUGCACGCGCCCAAAUUCUGGAUCGGGCCCACCCACCACCGCGCCGAAGCGCACUUCCACCGCCUCGGCCUCAUCCCGGAACUGCCCGCCCCCGAAAUCCUGCACUUCCACCGCGCCAUCCUCCUCGAAGACGCCAAAUCCAUCCCCAAUCCAGACCUCCCCCCCGUCCACCAUCACCACCCACGCCCACCUCCCUCAAAUACAUUUACACCCACCUCAUCCUCCACCAGCUGA